GUUCAGAUGAACAUUCGAUUAACAAAGAAAAAAGUGACCAUUAUAUAACACUUGCGUAAUGUAAUAAAAAAACGUAAAGAUUUUAUAUUUCAUGGAAAACAAAGGUUUUCCAGUGUUUGAAAACAUAAAUCUCAAUAUAAAAAAUUCAGUUAUGCAAUAAACGGAUGAACAUAAUGAUCGGGAUGUCGUCCAUUCGUGUUUUGAUUUGUUUCAUGAAUAUUUGUAAUUUUAUAUCAGCGGAUAGUGAACCUGAGAUUUACUUUAAUUACGAGCUAGAUACAACACCUUGCCUGACACCUGUAACAGGAUACAGUCUUCAGGAUUGUUUAAAGCUUUACGAAAACAACCUGGAAACUACCAACGUUAUGGUCUACAAGAGAAGAUUUCUCCUCUGUCAAUUAUGUUUUGUCACCAAGGCGCCAAUGAAAACGAAAACACCUGGAUGUAUAUUGGCACAUAAACAAAUUAAUGAUAUGUCCCAGAAUAAUUUGGCAACACACAAACCUUCCAGCCAGAGCUCGACAUUAAACAGGGAAAUCAGAGGCAAUGCAUCGUCGGAUUAUGCUGUAGAUGGAGUUUGGAAUUCAAAUAUGUUAGAUAAAAGUAAAACGCAAUUCCAAUGCUCACAUACUCUCCAAAGAAGUAAACAUCACUGGUGGAUGGUCAACUUAGAACACACAAAACUUGUGAGAAGAAUCACAAUUUUGAAUAGAGGUGAUUGUUGUGCGGAACGAUUGAACAAUGUGACAGUCAAUGUUGGGGAUGAAGAGGGUCAGAUGAAACAGUGUGGAAGAUUUAUGGGUCCUGGUGGUAAAGGAGAACUUGUCGAAAUCUCGUGCUCGACACCGCUCUUUGGACAGUUUGUGAAGAUAGAAAAAUACAGCGAUACUGAUUUAACAUUGUGUGAAGUUGGAGUCUAUCCAUAAAACUGUUUUUUAUCAAUAAAAACAUAGCAAUUUGUGUUUUGUUGUGUAUUUUGCUGAUAAUUAGUUUGCUUAUUUGAUAAUUACUCGAUGACGUUACUGUUUUGUUGAUAAAAAAACGCAUGAUUUCAGUGAAAUAUUUACUAAAUAAACAUGUUAUUUAUUUCCAAUUUAAAAACACAGUUGUUUUUUAAAUGCAAGAAUGAAUAUUAAUAAA